CGCUCUCCGUUUUCAGCUACCUUCCUUCUUAUCUCUCUAUCCGAUCUUAGGGUCUUGGAGUUGGAGAUAUGGCAGGUAAAGGCGGGAAGGGACUUAUCGCUACAAAGACGACGGCUGCUAACAAAGACAAGGACUCUGGUGGCAAGAAGAAAUCCAUCUCUCGCUCUUCUCGUGCCGGUAUUCAGUUUCCAGUAGGUCGUAUUCAUCGUCAACUCAAGACACGUGUUUCAGCACAUGGCAGAGUUGGUGCCACCGCUGCAGUCUACACAGCAUCGAUCCUCGAAUACUUAACUGCAGAAGUUCUUGAGUUAGCUGGAAACGCGAGCAAAGAUCUGAAAGUUAAGAGAAUCACUCCGAGACAUCUGCAGCUUGCCAUCAGAGGAGAUGAGGAGCUUGACACUCUCAUCAAAGGAACUAUUGCUGGAGGAGGUGUGAUCCCCACAUCCACAAGUCACUCGUCAAUAAGAUCGCCAACGAGUGAAGUAGAGCUUGAGUCCCCGCCACAAGUCUUAUGUGCUUUGCUAGCUUCUGGUGUUUGUGUUUUUAGGUUAUUGGUUUUAGUGUGCUCUCUUCUGGACAUCCUCAAGUGUAUAUUGGCUAAACUUAACCUCCUAGGUUUCUCGUUUUAGACUUGCAUCCUCUUGUGAUCUUGCUGAUGAUAUUAUGAUUAUGGAUGAUUGUUAUUGUGUUCUUUGUUUUGAACCAUAGAAAUCAUCGGUUAGACAAGAAGCAGUCAAUGUUUAAUAACAAUCAACAACAACAGCAUUCAAUUCAAUCACAUUGUCAGAUAGUUACAUAUAACUUAUAUGAUUGUACCAAAGCAAGUACACGCUGAGUCCUCCUCACUGAUUAAGGAGAUCCAUAUUAUUCAUAUAACUACCACACAAAGAGCUAAGGUAAUAAAUCAUCAAAGUUUGUCCCCUUACUCUUAGGUUCUUAACUUACAAGUAAAUAACUAAAAGCCAUUCCUGCUCUCCUUCAACCAUCCUCUGACCUGCAUAAACGUUUUCAUAAGCAGAACUUGCAACAAACUUCGUUUAUUAGCUGAGUUAUAAGGGGCAUUUGUUAGUUACCUCUGUUAAUUGCAGGUUUGAAGUUGUCUUCUAUAGCUCAAUAUACCGGGGCAGGUUCUUUACCAUGUUGCACAACAGGUUUCACGGUUUCAAAUGCCUCAACAAGCAAUGCAACUUUCCUCUUCCUUGCUGAGGAAAGUUUGUUAACCGCACGCUGCAGAGCAUAAUCAAACAUCCAGUCCUCUGAGUUUUUCCUCUCAUCCAUGUCCUGAUGCUUGAGGUCUAUCUUCUCAGCAUCCGCAUCCACCACAACAGGAAGAAAAUUGGGUUCUCUUGGGUUGAAUGCCCUCAAAUCCUCUGUCUCUGCUGCAAGUUUCUUGGAAGUGAUAGUCCAUGAAAUGGUGGCAUCUGACUCUUCUUCUUGGUUGCAUGACCUUUGUUUACGGCUAAAUGGAACUUUUGCAGUUUUCUCUAACAUGGGGACAGCUUCAAUUUGGUCUUGAGACUCCUCUUCGCAAUCCUCAUCUUUAUGAUCCUUCAAUGUCUCUUCAUCAGCAUCAUCUGCUUCUGAGUACUUCAUCAUACCAAUAGCAUUAGAGAUAAAGGAACCAGACUGAUCAACAUCUUCUAUGUUUGUUUUCUCUUGGAUCUGUUUCACAGAUUCAUCUUCCAAAGUCUCCUCCAAUUCAGAUUCUUUUAACUUGAUGUCUUCAUCACCUUCUAAAGACCUCACCACCUCUGCACUAUCAGAGUCAUCAUCAACCUCACAGGUAGUCUCUUGGAUCUCUUUCACAGAUUCAUCCACUAAAGCCUCCUCCAAGCUUGAUUCUCUUAAUUCAAUUCCAUGAUCACCCUCUGAAACCCUCACCAUCACUGGACCAUCAGAGUCAUCAUCAACCUCACAAGUCUCUUGGAUUUGUUUCACAAACUCAGCUACAAGAGUCUCCCUCAUAUCAGGUUCUUGUAUUUCUGAAAACUUCACCAUCUCUGCAGUGUCAGAGUACUCAUCAGAAUCAGUUUCAGAAUGAGGUGCUCCUUCAGAGAAAGUCUCCGAGAUUUGGGUCUCAACAUCAACCUCACAAGUUCCUCCAUCUACAUCCUCACACUCUUUCUCCUCCUCUACAUACAUCUCCACUGAAUCUUCCUUUUUCAUACUCUUUGGAGACUUCAAACUCUGUCUCCUUGAGGAUAUGAAGCUCUUCAGAGGAGGAUACUGCUUAUGCAUAUGGCCGUUGAGUGAACAAUACGUGUAAGGACAGACUCUCAAAACAGAGGUUCCACUAACUUCAUCAUCAGUUCCAACAUGAUUAAGCAUCAGAUACUCUGGAAACUUGGAAUCUUUGAGCGUUGAGGAACAAGUAGCUCUCUGUGAGCAUCUCUUGAAACUCGGAGCCUUUGUCAAACCCCUAACGAUCCUCAAACUCGGCUGCUUGUUAUUACUUUUCUCUUUCUUAACUCCAUGAUGUUUCAGACCGGUUUGGUUCUUCUGAUUGAAUAUUUUCUUGUUCUCUAUCCUUGCCUCGGAACUAGAGGUGCCUUUCAUGUAGUUGGGUGACCUACCUGUCCCUUUAACAACAAGAUCAUGUUUACUUGGUGGUGUUUGAGUCUUACCUGGUUGAGAAACAGAACUGUCUUUAAGCUUCCUCUUUGGUUUUGUUCGCUUCAUCAUCAUCAUCUCUGGUCCAAGGCUCUUGAGAUGUUCUUGCUCAAACCUAGUUUCAGGUUGCAGAUUGUAAGACUUGAUUGCUUGACAAGUCUUUCUCUGAACCAUCUUCUCAAGUCUUGCUUUGCCUGAAGACAAAGCUAUUGCUUGUUUGGAGCAGAAGAAAAAAGACGGAGAGAUUCUCUUUGAUCAAUGUUAGGCUAAGGACUUUACGUGAAUAAAACUUGAAACAAGAUUUGAAUACUAUAUGAUGUUGACAAGCACUGAGAAAGAGGUUGAGUUUUGGUCGGUCCC